UCUAAGUACUGGAUUUAUGACAUUUCUUUUCAAAAUUAUCAUUCCACUGCCUCCGUAUAUAUAUAUGUAUUCAGCAGCCCCAAAUAUCAACCUUCAAUUCAAAAUUCUCCAAAAUACACAAAUUGGGAUUUUUAGUUAUGUCUCCAAUAUUCCAAAACAUUUUGGCAGCAAUUUAUAUGAUACUUUCAUUUGGCUCCGGUAAUAGGUUUGGCAGGAAAUUACAUCAUCACCCUUCUUCUCGUUUGCCUGUGAAAGGGGUUUAUUGGCCUUCCUGGUCUGAAACAACUUUCCCGCCAUCCGCCAUAGACACCACUUUAUUCACACACGUCUAUUAUGCAUUUCUUGUUCCCAACAGUGUCACGUUUCGAUUCGACGUCGACAAUUCCACUGCCCAUCAGCUCCGCCGCUUCACCUCCGCCCUCAGGUCAAAGGCCAAGCCGGCGAAGACUCUGUUCUCCGUCGGCGGCGCCGGCGCGGACGCGAACAUUUUCGCGCGCAUGGCUUCGAGUACUUCGACCAGGAAGAUCUUCAUCGACUCUAGCAUACACGUGGCUCGAACGUUUGGAUUCGAUGGGAUUGAUUUGGACUGGCAAAUGCCUCAAAACCCUAAGGAAAUGGACGAUUUAGGCCUGCUAUUGGCUGAUUGGCGGGCCGCAGUCCGAAAGGAGGCGUUUCCGGCGGAACCGCAGCUAUUACUCACGGCGGCGACGUAUUUCUCGGCGGAUUUCUUCCUGGCGGAGCAGUACAGAGCAUACCCUGUCGCUGCGAUUAACGAGAAUCUGGACUGGAUCAACGCAAUGUGCUACGAUUACCACGGAUCGUGGGAUACGACGGCGACCGGAGCCCACACCGCUCUGUUCGACCCGAAAAGCAACAUCAGCACCAGCUAUGGUCUAAGGCAGUGGAUCAAGGCGGGGAUAAUGGAAAGUAAGCUCGCAGUGGGGCUGGCUCUCUACGGAAAGACAUGGACGUUGGACCCUAGCUCGUACGGCAUCGGGGCUCCGGCUGUGGACGUCGGCCCGGGGAGCGGAACUCUGACAUUUAACGAGAUUCAGCGAUAUAAUACUAAGAACAACGCGACGGUUGUUUACGACAACGCGACAGUAUCAGUGUACUCCGCCGCCGGAACGUCAUGGAUCGGGUACGACGAUCCGACGUCCAUCUCCGAGAAGGUGAAAUAUGCAAAAGAGCUCAACCUCCGUGGUUACUACUUUUGGGCCGCCGGUGGUGACUACAAAUGGAUGAUUUCUAAACAAGCCAAGCAAUCGUGGGACGUAGGCUAUUUACAUUGAGGCUAAAACGAUGGAUAUCCUUUGGCUCAGUGAGGACCACAAUUUGUAAUCCGUAACAAUCAUUUGCAAUAAAUUAAGAGCCAAAGACCACGGUUUGUAAUCUGUAGCAAUCAUUUGUAAUAAAUUAAAAAAGGUCAGUUGACUAUAUAAUUUUGGUCCUCCAACUUAUAAUAAAUAUAUCAUUUUUAUCUUUAUUCUA